AUGAAAGAUCUCUUGAAAGUGACAGUGACAGAAGCUGAAAGAAUAUCGCACGACACAUAUUUCUUCAUCAGCACGAUCCUUAGAAAUGUUGGCGAGAAUCCCGGUCUUCGAAAGUGUGUUGAAGCUUACGCUGUUGUGAACGUAACGUUGACAAAAGCUGUAUCUCUCUUUAACAAUGGACGGUAUGCUGAGAUCUUCUCGUUCAUGGUUGAUGUUUCCAGUGCUGUUGGAACCUGUAAGACAAAUUUUAAUGUGCCCGGUUAUAAUAUCAAUCCCAUAAUUGAGAAAAACAGAGAGACAAACGUUUUAGCGGCCAUGGAAAAAUCAUUGGUCAUAUGA